ACCUUGUGGGACGAGGGGCCAACGAGAAGAGCGGCGUUGGCGUCAACCAGCACCAGCACCAGCACCAGCACCGAGAGAUGGCAGCCGCCAGAGCCGAGAGUGAGAAGAACCCGGGAAGCCAUAACCCUCCAAGCCACAACCCGCCCAAGAUCCUGCCAGUGUCGGGGAAACUGGAGCAGGCGAUGCAGAAGAACUCAGUCCUUGUUCGUCCCUCUGCCUUCAAGCCGGUGGUUCCCAAGAGCUUCCACUCCAUGCAGAACCUGGUGGGCCAGGCAGGAGGGGCUGGGAGCGAGGGCAAGACUGAGGCAAGGAGUGAAGGGUUCAGUGAGAGCAGAGGAGGCAGGAGAGGAAGGGAUGGAGCGGGAGGAGAAUCAGGAGGGGUCCCAGAGGCCCUGCUCCUGGACCAGGACAGCCCAGUGAGGGUCAGCAGAACUGAGGGCGGGGGAAACAGUAUUGAAGUGGUUCAGGGAGGGAUGUCUGACUCAGGGAGGAACUCCCUGACCAGCCUGCCCACCUAUACGGGCUCGGGGUCCGGUUGUGGGCCCCCGGCAGUCCUGGGGCCUCUCAGUGCUUCCACCAGCCACAUCAACAGGUUGGGCAUGGUCGGGGCAGCUGCAUGCCUCGAAAAGCUUGAAAAGCCCGGCUACCAGAACGGGCUCAGCGCCUCAGACAGCGGCCGGUCCUCCUCGGGGAAAAGCUCCUCGUCCCAUCAGAGGCUGAGCCACCUGAGCGACGCCCCGGCACCUCUACGCCCCUCCCCCUCAUCCGAUGACAUCAUUCAGGACCUCGAGGACCGCUUGUGGGAGAAAGAGCAAGAGGUGCAGCAUAUGCGCAGAAAUCUGGACCAAAGUGAGGCUGCAAUCAUUCAGGUGUUUGAGGAGAAGCAACGUGUCUGGGAGCGACAGAUGGACGAGCUGAGGCAGAACUACGCUUCACGUCUCCAGCAGGUGACCCGUCGGGCUCAGCGCUCCCAGACGGCCCUGCAGGCCCAGAUCGGCCGUCUGUCCCAGGACAAGAGGCGGCUCCAGGAGGAGAUGGCGGCUCUGUUGGCCCAGAGAGAGGACCUGGAGAGAAAGUGUCUGGAUUACAGGAAGGAGCAGGCUGACAUCUUGCCUCGUCUGGAGGAGACCAAGUGGGAGGUGUGUCAGAAGGCGGGGGAGAUCUCCCUGCUGAAGCAGCAGCUGAGGGAGAGUCAGGCGGAGGUGACCCAGCGGGCCGGAGAGAUGGUGGCCCUGAGAGGCCAGCUGAAGGAGCUCAAUGCCCAGCUGAGGGAGCGGGAGGAGACCAUGCUGGGCCUGAAGGACUCCUACAGCACCAAGAGUGUGGAGCUGGAGAAGUGUGAGGGAGAGCUGAGGAGGACUCUGUCAGAGGUAUCCAUCCUUAGAGAGAAGCUGAGUGUGUUCGAGGCAGAGGUGCUCAGUUUGAAGCGGGCUCUGAAUGAAAGUGAUGAAGCCAAAGCCCAAAGGCAGGAAGCUCAGAGGCAGGAGAGGCAGCAACGCGAAGAAGCUCAGUGGCGCGACGCGCAGCAGCGGCAAGAUGCCAACAUGCAGCAGGACAUCCGAAUGCGCCAGGACGCCCAAAACAGGCCGGACGCCCAACUGCGCCAGGAGGCCCAACUCCGCCAGGAGGCUCAUCUCCGCCACGAAGCCCAGCUCCGGCAAGAGGCCCAGCUGCGCCACGAGGCGCAACUACGUCAGGACGGCCACCAGCGGGGUCAGGAGGGUCACUGGGACGAGGCGGGGGAGCUGCGCAGGCAGCUGGAGCAGCUGCAGGCCGCGUUGCGCCUGGAGCGGCAGCAGCGGGACCGGCAGGCCCUCAACUUCGACCAGGAGCGGCACACCUGGCAGGACGAGAAGGAGCGGGUUUUGAAAUACCAGGCACAGCUGCAGCUCAGCUACGUGGAGACGCUGCAGAAGAACCAAGCGUUGGAAAAACGCAUGAGCCAGCUGGGAGCCAAACCCAACACGACGUCCACCACCACCACCAUCACCACCACGACCACCACCUCCCCGACCUCUUCCAAUUCUCCGCCUCCGCCACCGGCCGUCCCACCUCUGUCUCCUCAGUCCCCGCCCGCUCUCCCUGCCCCCGUCGCCCUCACCAUCUCUCCUCCGUGUGAAGACCAGAAGGGUCCUCCGUCUCUCCACCAGCUUGCCAAUCCCUGGGCAGGGCCCUCCCGCCUGGAGAGGAUAGAGUCCACUGAGAUAUAGACGCGGCUCCACGACGUGUUGUCCAGCUCCAUACAAGACCUCUCACACAGAAACCACUUCAGCAUACAGUUGAAAACAUUUCAGUCGACAAUAGAAUAAAUCGGUGCAGUCGGACAUACUUUUCAAAGCAACUGAAGACACUGAACAGCAACAACAGCGACUGCGUAAUCCAACAUUAUCAGGAACAAGCAGUUGAACUUCAUUCAAUUUAUCGAUGAUUUUUCAACCUCCUGAGCAGCCUUUCUCUCACUAGUUGCACACGACUGCAUCCUACCUUAUCAGUGUUCAUGAGAAGUGUGCCACACUGAUGCAGGGCAGAAGAGCAACAUGUUGAAUGACAAUGUUUAGAUGACAGCACGAACACGAGGGGUCAUUUCAUGCCCAUGCUAGAAAAGGACCGAGACAAUCAGGGAUAUUGUCAGAAAUUAUCAACCAGAACAUUAUGCGGUAUUUAUUCAUUGUAAGUCUGUGUCACUGGUAAUGUAAAAGUAGAAAUAGUGGUCAGAGUGUGUGAUGUUAACUUGCAUUUUUGGCCAGAGAGCGCCUUACUCCAUUUUUUUCCAGCAUGUAUAUGAGAAUAAUGCUAAUGCUGGGAACAGAUGAAAAACAGACAAAAAAAAGAAUCAGGAAUGUGAUUAUCAUUUUCACUGCUAUAAUUAUAACAUCAGCAAACCAGUUAGACAAAGUCAUUACACAUGGCUGGACUAUUUCAAUUAAAUACCAGCAGAUAUCGACGUCGAAUAUCACACAGACGGAGUCUUGAUUCAGUUCUCAAGUCAUUUCAUGCACUGGGUCCAACAUGCAUGACUCAUUUAAAUGCACCGUCAAGACCAACAGAGUUUAUAUUUUCUACAAACUGAAUGAAAGAGAUAUGUUUAGUCGAUAAUCAACCCCAACUGAAUAUGUUUAUAGACGUGGGAGAGCCUGGUUUGCCUUCACAGCAGAAAGUCAGUGGUGACUAAAAACAAACACUGGAGGUCAGCAGAGGGCUUUUGCAGCGCUCACAGCUAACAUUUCCUCUCCUUGAACAGAAGCACACAAUUUGAAUUUGAUUAUUAUGACAAUUGUGUCGUUCACUUUGUGCGUUUACAGUCAAGAGAUCUGAGAAAUCAGUCAGUUAUCCCCAAAGUUAAAAUGAAAUUUAUAGAAUGUAUGAUAAUGAUAUACUAGAAAGAAAUUAUUAUAAAAGUUAUAGAUUGUAAAUGUGUGCGUGCGUGUCUGUGUCUGUGUGUGUGUGUGUGUGUGUGUGUGUGUGUGUGUGUGUGUGUGUGUGUGUGUGUGUGCGUGCGUGGGAGAGUGUGUGUGUGCAUGUGUGUAUACAUAUUCAAAGCUUCAGUUUAUGAGAUUGAGGAAAGAGGGACUAGUGGCAAUACAGCAAAGGAAGAUAUAUUGAAAUUAAAGGGAUUUUUUUUGGGUGCGUGGGGGAAGUUAAGUAGUAAGAUAUGAGAGCUUGGUACAAGGGCAGUGAGACUGACAAUUAAAACUGAGGGAGUCUGUAUAACCUUUCUUCUGUAUAGUUCAUUUAGACAAAGUCGGGGAGAAGGAAGUAAAAAAAUAUAUAUAUCUGAAAAAUGGAAAGUGCGUGUUUUUAAGAAAGCAUUCAGGCCAACUGCACUAUGUAGUGUCCUACACACGAGUUAUGAUGUACAGUAGGAUCAGAUGUGAAUAUCAUGGCUUUUAUACGUGUUGUUUACGCCAGCAUACAAAGAUGUUUCUCAAGAAUAUUAACUUAUCUCUAAGGUAUUACAUAGUAUUAUCAUCUUUAUUACUGUUAUUAUAUUAUGGUGUACUGACAGAGAAAAUAUGUGCCAUUUGAGCUUUCCUUUAUGUGUUUUUAUUUAUUUAUUUUCUAUGUGUAGAUAGCCUAACGGCCAACCAUGAUGGUGCAAGCAUAGCAACCCUGUCCAAAAAUGAUGUUCUUUUUGAUGUAGGUGAUAAAUGUAGUUACAGUAUUGCAUUGUUUAGAGAACAAAAUGCUACCAAUUUUAUACAUGUUUCAGAUUUAUUGUUUGCAUUUAUGUUACUAAUACUGUUCUGGCUUGAUUAAAACCCCCCUUUGUUCAAAUUCAGCAGAACUAAUAAAGAUAUGUGAAUAAUUCA